AUGAUUUUUAAAUAUGAAUUCAUAAGAAAACUUUUACCUAUAAAAAUGAGCACAUUUUUGUCAGACAUGCGGAAUACAGGAGGCAAAAAGACCAUUGUCGACUCCCUUUCAAAUCAUUAUAAGCACUUAAAUACAAUAAAACCCGUCGUUAACUCUUUUGACCCUCCACCAAAGCAUGUGAAUGCCAAAUCUCGUCCAGCUUCAAAACAAAGCAACCUUUCUGAAGUAAAAGAAACUUUCCGACGUGUAAGCUCGGUGAAAAACUCAAAAUCCUCUUUCUCAGCGCCAGAAACCUUUCACUUAUCAUCUAAAUUAAGCCAAAAUCGAGCAAAAAAGAAAAAUUCUCAGAUUACAGAUCAUGAAAACAACAUAAAAAGUAUGCAGAGAAGAAUAAAUCGGAUAGGAAGUGCAAGCGAAAGGAAGAAAAAUCCUUAUGACCCUAUAGCUCAUCCUGCAUUGCUUUUAAGAGAUAGAGAUGAAACUAAUAUUUAUAUGGUAACUGAUGAAUUUAUGCAAAAGAUGAACCAGCCUCCAUCGAUAAGCUCAGCUUAUAAUGAAAUUGCAAAUAAUAAUAAGCCAGUUAUAUCAGAUAGGCAAAGAGAGCUACUUGAGGUGCCUUAUAUUAGAUUAGCGGAGCCUGAGAAAGCUUUAGCAUUGAAAAAAGAAAUGCUUGAGAUUAUUGUAAGGAAAAGAAUUUUAAGCCAGCAAGACCUUGAAAAGUUUUGCAGCUUGGUAAGAGAACGAAAUUCUCAUAUAAAAUCAUCAGAAAUUGAUGAAGCUAUAAACUUUGUAAUAAAUCAAGUGGCUUCUUAA